CCACCCUCGCGCUGCUACAACCUGACCGCCCUUUCUCGCCGUCCUUCCUUGCAAAGCAAAUCCUCCUCUUUAGGAAGUUGAUUCAUCAGUUGACACCUUCCACCUUGAUUCCCGCACACCCUGGGGCGAAGGAGCCUCGUACGCGACAUGUAUCCAGCCGCGGGAUGUAGCUUAUCCCCCUUGUCUUCCUUUGUACCGCUGACUUUUUCGAAUCUGCGUAUGUUGCAAGCCAGGGGCUUUGACUUUUGACCGCCAACAAAGCCCUGUCUAGUAUCCCCCAGAAGAAGCUCAGACCCGGCAAACUCCCUAUGAUAUAAUCCUUGCCCAUUCGUGGGAUCGAUUUGGAUCCAUCAUCAGCCAGAUGACACAGACGACAUACCUUACGGUAAGUCACUUGCAUGGUGGUCUUUAUAUUUUUGUACUGCCGAUAUUUAGUCCUCACAUGGAAGAUUGGGUAGAUCCCUUUCUUAUAAUUUAAGUCCAGCAUUCUCUAGAUUAAAUCAUAUCAAGGCUAUGAUAUCUCGACUACUAGCGUCCACUUGACGUUAGUGCCUAUACUUCAUAUAUCUCUGGAACACUUCAUCUUUGAAUUUAUCUCUCCGACUCUCUAGCUCGACUUACCUACCUUCACUCUUGUACGAUAUCACAAAAUGGAUUCAACUUAUGCUACAGCAGUAUAUGGAACGAACAUGAUGGGGUGUGAUGACAAUAUUCAGAUGUUUCUGGAAAAUGCUUCGAGACAAAUGACUCAACCCUCACAGUCUCGAACUCGAUUAUCAAUGUCCAAUGGCCAAAGGAACAUGGCACCGAUGCGCGUUACCAAACCAAACAGUGCAAGCAAUAGCCCAAGAGGUUCCGUGAAACAGAAUCGACGGAAGACCCUCAUGUCGGAUGGCUCAUACCAACGUCAGAUGGCCAUGCUCAACCAACAACAAAUGAUGGGCUCUAAUGAAUGGGGAUCGAACAAUGGACUUCCAACUCAGAUGCCAAUAAGAUCAAACCGUCCCGUCAGCUGGCACCCAUCCUCACAACAACAAAUAUACCAGCCAGUGCAAUCUACAAGUGGAUACCCGUUCCCCCAGGAGUAUUACAACUAUGAUGUCCCGACGCCAGCUGUUUACUCAGGAUAUGCAUCACCAGACUCCAGCUUUUCUCCUGUGUCGAUGCCUUUCAGUGAGGAUCAUCACAACUCAUAUCCUUUUGCCACGGCGCCUACUUCAUAUCCACUCGAUCAAUUCUACACCCCGGAUCAUACACCAUUAGAAAACCCCAUGAUGGCUGUUCAAGCUCCAUACACAAACAAUAAUCAAGAUUCAACAAUGUAUUCACAUUUUGAUUGGAACAACUUUGCAACAAGUGGAUCCGAGUAUGGUAACGCUCCACCCACACCAGAUAACUUCCUUCCCAUUCAACAUCCCGACCCCACAUUUACUCCAGAAGAAUCGAUACCUUAUCAUCCACUUUCUGAUGAUGAGCUAGAAGGAGAGGAGUUAAUUGGUAUGGGACUGUAUGACACUCCGGACAAUAGCAAAAUAUCAUUGUCGGAUCCUCAACUCGAUAAUUAUCGAAUGAUGUCGUCACAGCUGUUAGGCAACAGCUAUCGUCGACUUGAACCAGUUGGAAAGUGUUUGAAAUUAGAGGAGACUUGGCAACCACCAUUCGAAAAUGAUGACGACAAAGAUGACGAGGAGGAUGGUGAAGGAGAAAACGAAGAGGAGGAGGACGAAGAGGAAGAAGAGGAAGAUGAGAAAGAUGAUGUGUCAGGAAGACCUGCUGAAGUGAUUAACACCACUGCUUAUGUGAUGGGCACUACACAAAACUUUCCCAACUUCAACGCAAGUUACGCAACGAAUCAUGGCAGUACAGGCUGGAUCUGAUUUUAUGGAGCAUGGGUCUCCGGAUGGGAAAAUUUAUGACUUUGACUUUAGCGAUGGAGUAGGGUAUGUUAAAAUAUUGGGAACAGGACAGGUAUUUGGAGUAUUGGAAGCUAUAGGAUCAUGUCAGCAAUGACGGGCGGGAUAAAUUAGAUUAUCAUUUAGACACUUCCAUCAAAUGUUUGGUUGAAGUUGUCUUCCCAAAUCAUACACAUACAUAUAUGUAUAUAGGUUCACACAAAUAUCAAUACCUGAGUGAAAAUUCGGAUUAACAGACAAACAAGAUGAAGAUU